GCGGGGAUGUCGAGGAGCUCGAAGCUGGUGCUGGGCCUCUCGGUGGUGCUGACGACGGCCACGGUGGCCGGCGUGCAUCUGAAGCAGCGGCAGGACCGGCAGAGGCUUCGUGACGGAGUGAUCAGAGACAUUGAAAGGCAAAAUCGGAAGAAAGAAAACAUUCGUCUUUUGGGAGAACAGAUUAUUUUGACUGAGCAACUUGAAGCAGAAAGAGAGAAGAUGUUAUUGGCAAAGGAUCUAAAAAAACAUGACUUGAAAUGAAUGUGAAAUAUUGGUGGGACAGAUA